CACGCGCCCGCGAGUGGCGGGGGGAGACGCGCCGUCUCCGGCCCAGACCACUGCACCAGACUGCGGGGGGUGAUGCGCGGGGCCUCCUCUUUGGAGCGCGCUGGGGUCGGUUGGAGUCCGGCAUGGCCCGGAGCCGGGCGGCACUACUACUGCCGUCUCUGAUGCUCCUGCUGCUGGUGACCCCUUCCCAGGUCUCCCCCGACUACCAGUACUUCGGCCAGCAGGGCGAAGGGGACACCUGGGAGCAGCUGCGGCUGCAGCAUCAGGAGAAAGAAUUGGAAGACUCUGUCCUUGGCCCUUGGGGAAAGUGGCGCUGUUUCUGCGACCUGGGCAAGCAGGAGCGCAGCCGCGAGGUGGUGGGCACGUCGCCGGGUCCGGUGUUCAUGGACCGCGAGAAUCUGGUGCAGGUGCGACCCUGCCGGCAACGGGACUGUUCAUCCUGCGAGCCGAACGACUGCGACUGGAGGCUCUGAGCCCGGCCUCAGCGGGAGGAGCUCCAGAGACACCGGGGCGGAGCUUGGAAAGCGACACCGCCCACCCGGUUCCCCAAACGCGGAGCUCGCUUGUCAGCCUCGGAAACUACAAUUCCCAGGAAGCCGCACGGCAGCGGCGUCGGCGAAGGCUGCGCAAACGUCAACGGCGGCUGGCGUGUUGGGGGCGUGUCCUGCGUGCCGAUAGGUCGAGAGCUGGCACUGUUGCGGAGCCCGCGGAAAACGCCCGGGGAGACCUUUCCUUGCAGACUUCCCUACUACGGCUGGUGGCAGCGGCCGAGGCGGCAUGGAUCUCAGCGAGCUGGAAAGAGACAAUACGGGCCGCUGUCGCCUGAGUUCGCCUGUGCCUCCUGUGUGCCUCAAGGAGCCCUGCGUCCUGGGCGUCGAUGAAGCGGGCCGGGGCCCGGUGCUGGGCCCCAUGGUCUAUGCUAUCUGCUAUUGUCCUCUGUCCCGCCUGGAGGAUCUGGAGGCCCUGAAAGUGGCAGACUCAAAGACUCUGUCGGAGAGCGAGCGGGACAGGCUUUUUGCGAAAAUGGAGGAGGACGGGGACUUUGUGGGCUGGGCAUUGGACGUGCUGUCUCCAAACCUCAUCUCUACCAGCAUGCUUGGGCGGGUCAAAUACAACCUGAACGCCCUCUCUCAUGAUACAGCCACAGGGCUAGUGCAGUUUGCGUUGGACCAGGGUGUGAACGUGGCCCAGGUGUUUGUGGACACCGUGGGGCUCCCAGAGACAUACCAGGAACGACUGCAGCAGCGUUUUCCUGGCAUUGAGGUGACAGUCAAGGCCAAGGCAGAUGCCCUCUACCCUGUGGUCAGUGCUGCCAGUAUCUGUGCCAAGGUGGCCCGAGACCAGGCCGUGAAGAACUGGAAGUUUGUGGAAAAACUGCAGGACCUGGACACUGAUUAUGGCUCAGGCUACCCUAAUGAUCCCAAGACGAAAGCCUGGUUGAGGAAGCAUGUGGACCCUGUGUUCGGCUUUCCCCAGUUUGUCCGCUUCAGCUGGCGCACAGCCCAGAGCAUCCUGGAGACUGAGGCAGAAGACGUGAAGUGGGAGGACUCAGAGACUGGGGAUCAGGAGGGGCCUGGGAAGAUCAAGUCCUACUUCAGUGAAAGCCCCCAAACCUGCGUCCGCCUUCCCCAUCGGUACUUCCAGGAGCGGGGCCUGGAGUCAGCCACUGUCCUCUAGGAGCCAGCCUGGACCCCAUUUACCUGUCCCCCAUCACCCGUCCCCCCUCAGUUCGUGAUUAAAAUUCUUCAAGGAAA